UUCAUCAAUCAGUCGGUAGGUUUCCAAAAAUCCAGAAAUACUCCACGUGGAAGUCAAUAUCUGGAAGCCGACAAGCGGAUCGUUUCUGGUCGUAAUCUCCCGCUGUCCUGCUCACAGCCAUAUCUGGAGCUUCCCCAUUGGUUUAUUCGCCAAUCCACACUCUUGUUUGCGUCUUCGCGCAGGUCUUUCUGGAGAUAUUUCUGGAGACAGAGGAGGGUUGAAGAUGGCGAAAAGUUACUUAGCAAUGAGGGAACAGCAAGAAGCCAGUGAUUUGAUCGCUGCUGAUCUGCAGGCUCUUGUGGUUUCUGCCAAGAAGCUGGCGAAUCAUGCGAUCAGGCUCGGUGGGUUGGGCUUUGGCACCUCUUUUCUUGAGUGGCUCGCUUCGUUUGCCGCCAUUUACUUGUUGAUCUUGGAUCGGACAAACUGGAGAACAAACAUCCUCACAUCGCUACUCAUCCCCUACAUUUUCUUUAGUCUUCCUUCAAUUCUCUUCGGCCUCUUCAGGGGAGAUGUUGGGAAGUGGAUUGCUUUCAUUGCAGUAGUCUUGCGUCUCUUUUUCCCGAGACAUUUCCCUGAUUGGCUGGAGCUGCCCGCGGCUUUGAUUCUUCUGAUAGUUGUGGCUCCCAGCAUAUUCGCGAGCAACUUUAGGAGCAACUUGGUUGGUGUGGCGAUAUGUCUUGCCAUUGCGUGUUAUCUGCUGCAGGAACACAUCCGGGCAUCUGGUGGGUUCAGAAAUUCCUUCACAAAAGCAAAGGGUGUAUCAAACACGGUUGGCAUAAUUCUUCUGUUUGUCUACCCUGCCUGGGCAUUCAUAAUUCACUUCCUGUAAGUACACAAGUAUUGGUUGUUCCAUUUUCAGGUCUUGUCUUUGUGUAAGUUCUCUUCUUUAUGGUAUUAAUUUUCUGUGACAUGCCGGAUUCAUUGCCAUUGUUGCUGUUGUCAAAAAAAGCUUGAUUCUUAGAGUGCGCUUCUGUCAAUUUCACAACAUUUUAUUGCGUGCAAAGCCUGAAAUAUGGUUCUACUAUGUCUGAUCUCAUUAAUUUCAAUAAAACCUUCAUAAAUAUUUUAUGUGAUUGCCA